AUGAGGCGAGAGGAAAAACAUGCAGCUGCCUUUUCUCGAGCUACUUUCAGAAAACAGCUUAUGAGCCAUACGUAUCUCUGGCACACCAGUUACAUUCCCCUCAAAACAGGCGACUUUCAUAAAGACAAAAAAAAAAGGCACCUUAUGCUCGCAGCCGCACGACUCGCGGUUCCGCUGUUUUUUCACAGCAGUGUAAACACUUUUCAGGCGACUCGCUCCGAGAACGACACGGAGUUUCACCGGGCGCGCGAGGGGUCGGGGGAGCGCGCCCCGCCGGGCAGGAAGCGCCCUCCGCCCGUCCCGCCGCCUCAAGGCGCCUGGCGGAGUCACGAGCCCAGGAGUUUCGGCACUUACGUAACGCCGCGGGGCCGCCGCCGUUGCUGUUUCUCCCCUUUCCCGAUGACGAACUCGUUUCCGAGACCCCCAACUCCCUCAGUGCCCUGGGACAAGCCAGCGCCCGCCGCCGCCGCUUCCUUCCCCAGAGAUUUCCUAUUCUAUGGUACACCAGGGACUGGAAAGACACUGGUAGCUUGUGCAGUGCUAAUGAAUGUAGCCAGGGUCUACCAGAUGGGACCUUCAGUUGUUUUCCUGGAUGAGAUCGAUGCUCUUGCUCCUGUAUGGUCCAGCAAACAAGACCAGGUCCAUAGGCAAGAAAAGGGAUUUUCAUAAGUCACACAUGAGACUCGACCCUGAAGACUUUGGAAAACUUUCUUGAAGAGCUGGCUGUGCUAUAAAGAACUGUGUUGGUGAAAUAUGUGUAGUUAACAAAAAUUUUCAAGGAAGGAAAAAAGCCAAACAUCAAACGAUCCCACGUUUAAAUGCCAGGUGCAUUAAUCUCCAGGCAGAGCUUUCAGAUGCACUUCAGGAGCCACAGGAAGCAAGAAAUGAUCUUCCCUGGGAGUCAGAAUAUGGCACAUGACAGCAAGCCAACCUGUUUGCUGUGCUACACUGAGCCUGCUCUGAAAGCUUUCUAGGGGAAAUUCGCAGCUGUUCCCAAAGUCACUGCUGGUUUUCCAUCCUUCCAAGCUGCCCAAGAGAUGUAAAAUGUGGAGCAGGAA